AUGAGCCUCACUCCGUUCUUCUUUGGAUGUAAAUUGCCAAUUGUGACCGCAUCAGCACCCAAUAGGAAUGAGGACAGCAGCUUCAUUGCUUUCCUCAAACUAGGUCGGUUAUGUCGGAUAAUACUCCGGGCCGUUCAGGUGACGGGCGGGCUAUCUCUGAUCACGGAAUUUCAAUAUACUGUCCCUGAAUCCAUUCAAGGUUUUGGCAUCAUUCGAGUUGCAUCAACAGCCUCUGCUAGGCCUAGCGAGGAGCCGGAAGAAGUGAAGAUCACUCUCAAAAGUCGAAUAGAGCAAGCAAUAUUCUACGGCACCCUUCGCCACAAUCCGCUUGAUCUCACCAGCACAGAGCAGCAGACAUGUUCGAGCGAGGAAAUCGAGGAAGCAGCACUCAGUAUAAGCCAUGAGAUCCUUAGUUCUUCGUCAAAGUAUAUUCCGAAAGCUUCGCCUUCCCUUGACCAACAUCUGAAGCUCCGCGCAAAAGCCUUAGAGGAUCUUGUACUGCACCUUCAAAAGCGCUACGGGCCUCUGCCGCGACUUCUUAAGUGGAGGCUUCUCUGGGGUGCAGAAAAGCUUGCGGCUGCACAGGCCAUGUGGAAGGUUCAAGAAGAGAUCAUGAGGCGAAAGCCGAAGGAUAGAAAAGAAACAUAUUGGGAGCAGCUGCUCUUCUUUAUGGCAUCCGACUAUCGGACCGAAGCUGACGAGAGCAAAGGGGAGACUGAUUUGGGACACAAAGAGGUCAAGGAGGAUGAUUUUCUCAGCGAGUACGAGAUGGUCGAGAACAUUCGCGAAUCUAGUGACCUUUGGGUAGCUGGAUUCGAAGCUGCCUACAGGUUUCGCGAGGACAACGCACCACUGUAUGGCCUGGGAGACGAGAUUUUUGAUCCACAGCAUGGUAUUCUAAAAAGUGGAUACAAGGAUCUUCCUGAAGCUUGGACUAUUGAGCAAAGGACGGUCCGUAUGGGAGAAUGCUUAUUGCAAUUGGUGUACGACACAACCCUUGAAUGGUGGGGGCUGUCUAGGACAGGCGGUGCAGGAAAACCCAGCAGAAAGACAGUGAUCCAUAUGGCGCAUGCUAUGCCAAAAGAACUCGAUCUAUACCAGCGAAUGUUUGCCGAAAGGCAUGCUUGGCUGAUGGAACAAAACCAUGAGGAGAACCCGAAGUAUCUUGAACAAGCAAAAAAGAUGUUGAAGUGGGGUCAGCAAAGUCGCCGAGAUUACUUUUACAGGAUCGCUCGACUUGGUCUUGUCCAUGAAGCCAUUGACCUAGCAGAACACUGGAAGGACAUGAAAGCCCUUAUGGAUUUAGAUCUCGAGGCGAAACAGCAACUGAUCGAGCGCACAAAAGAGAGCUCUGAACCGUCAGAGCGUGAUGUGAAGAAAUUUGAGCAAGACUUGCAAAGCAUUAAAAAACGAACUGAAGGUUAUUUCGAAAAGUACGGAUCCGCUUGGGCAAAAGCCUACUUCAACAAGAUGGUCAUAGAUGGAGAGCUGGGCAGAUACCAAAAGAUCAGCUGGAUCAACGAUGUGGUUGGCGAGGAAGAUUUCUCUAGUGCAGCGAAGACACUUGAGUCUCUGGCAACAAAGAAAGUAGAUAAUCUGUGGAUGCAGAAAACCGAGCUAUGUCUCGCGAAAUUAACCAGAAUAGCUGCUGUUGAAACAAAACAAAAGGCCUCGAGAAAAGACCCGAGGAUAUCAACAAAGAAGUUUGAUGAUCGCCUAGCACUACUAGGAAUCCAAGAUGGGCUGCAAGCUCACAUACUACCCUCCAUCGGACCUGUCAUAGAUGAUACAGGGGCUCGGCAAGUGGCUCUGGAAACAUUUAGAAAGCGAAUCGUUAGAGAAAAGAAGUACCCAGCGCUCAAGGCACUCUUGAAUGAUGGCCUUGGUCUGCUGCUUCGUCGCAAAGCCGUCAGUCCUCAGCGACUUGUAGACAUUCUCACCUUGAUGGAUCCUGUAGAAUACCAGGGCCUUGAGGAGAACGACCCACAGAUCCUUAGCCACGAAUUCUGGCUGGCUCUAAAGGUUCUGCGACUUGGUGAAAUAGACCCGUCAAUGUUGGAAGGUCUCACUCGCAUCAUCUGGCGGCGGGCGAUGAUUCGAGAUGACUGGAUGUCGCUUAAUGAUACAACAGAAAAGAACGACGAAGAAGUCACUGCGGAGAUGACCAAAACCGGUCUGUUCAGGACUCUGGUCGCCUACUAUGAGCAUGUUCAGCAGCAUCCUGAGGAAUCAAGCAGUAUCAAGCUUCCCAGCCCGUCUCAAAUCUCAGAAGCUGAGGUCUUUCCAAUGUCGUUGAGGAAGCGAUUUCGGGAAAACGAGAUCGAGCUUGUCCUACGUGACCUUGAGGGAGAGAACGAAGUUUUGAAAAGAUACGUUGAGAAAGGCAGGCUAGAGCUCCACUACGGUGGUUUGUUGAAGAUGGCGCAAGCAACAGUUAGAGCCCAGGCAGACCGAGCUGGCGAUGAAGCUGCAGAGGAGGCCGAGAAGACGUGA